UAUUCUUUUUCGAUCGUAGAAGUUCUGGUUCGAGUAGCUGGCUAGCCAAGCUGCGAAGGGUCGGAGAUCUUGAAAAAUAUAGCUUCUUUUUUCAACCAUUUUUAAGGAUGUCACAGCCUCCCCCAAAACCUUGGGAGAGACGGAUUCCUGGGGCAAUGAAUGCGCCUGUGAGCUAUCGUUCCACAGAUUUUGGAUUAUCUACGCCGGUCGGUCCGUCCACCUCAGCCCCCCCUGGGCUGACACGGGUAGCACCUCCUUUGCCCCCGAGACCCGUCCAGCAGUCCUACCGCCCGGGCUUCGGCUCCUACCCAUCCUCUUACGGCCACUAUGGGAACUCCACUAUGGGAAUGUAUGGUGGUUACAAUCCGUACGGGGGCUAUGGGGGGUAUGGAGUUGGUGGAGGCGCUAUGGGCGGUAUGGGUUACAGUCGGUUUGGUACGGAGGAGACCCAGCCUAGCCGCUUCGUCCAACAGGCGGAGGAGAGUAGCCGCGGGGCCUUCCAGUCCAUCGAGAGCAUAGUCCACGCUUUCUCAUCUGUGAGUAUGAUGAUGGACGCCACCUUUUCAGCUGUCUACAACAGUUUCCGUGCAGUACUGGACGUAGCCAACCACUUCUCCCGGCUCCGUGCACACUUUGCCAAAGUAUUGUCAGCUUUUGCGCUGGUGCGCACGUUGCGCUACUUCUACCGUCGACUACAGAGGCUUCUUGGACUGCGCCGCGACGCGGAGGUGGAGGAUCUGUGGGCCGACAGUGAGGCCACAGCAACUAUUGCCCUAUCAUCCGGCGGAGCGAGUAACGAACCUCGGGCAGACUCGGUAAAGUCUUGGCCUAUUUUCCUGUUCUUCGCUGUGGUUCUUGGAGGACCUUACCUGAUCUGGAAGCUCCUGCGGUCUGCCGAAGGGCCGGAAGAAACAGCCACCAACUGGGCGAGCGGAGAGGAUGACCAUGUAGUGGCCCGAGCUGAGUUUGACUUCACGGCUGCCUCUGAGGAAGAGAUGUCCUGUCAGGCUGGAGACAUGCUCAAUCUGGCACCCAAAGAGCAACAGCCUCGAAUUCGCGGCUGGUUGCUGGCCAGUUUGGGCAGCCAGACCACAGGCCUGGUUCCUGCCAACUACGUGAAGGUCCUUGGCAAGCGGAAAGGUAGGAGGCAUGCAGAGGUGGAGAGGCUGGCGCAGCAGCAGCAGGCACCCCAGCCAGGUCUGGCCUCCGCCUCGGCCUCUGGCACACACCCUGCCUCAGCGCUGCCUCCCAGUUGCCCGGAAGAGAUGCUGGAGUCGGUAUUCCGGGAAACGCCGGCCCCGUGUCCCCCUGCCUUGAGCACAGUAGUCAAGAUGGAUCUGUUAUAGGGGUGCGUGCCUUAGAUCGCUGGAGCGUGCUUUACAAUGUAUGGGGAGCUCUGUGUGCGGUUCCAUUUCAUUCCCUUGUCACCGUAUCAGGUGACCUGUGCCCAUCCCCAUCACCGUGCCCCAGCAGUGGGACUGGAGAAUGGAGCUGUGUGUGGCUACACUGCGACAUAAUUAGGCCCCUCACGGACACUGGUACACCACACGGCCCCAAAACCAUGCUUUAUCGCCCAGUGAGCGAACAUAAGACUCAUUUUCUACAGAGAGAAGUAUGCGGAUUUAUCGUCCAUUCUUUUAUCUGGUUAGCUUCAUGUUCAGUUUUAUCGCUGGAGAUUUCUGUGUAAAAGAGGGAGUGUUUGUCAUUUUAUAUAAGAUCUGUGAUUUAAGAUUACUCUGUCACGGUAUUUUGAAAGUUAAUCAGUAAAAACAUACAAUUGCAUUAAAAAACUGUAUUGAAUUGAGGAUAAUUGUUAGUUGGAUGAAAGCCAUAACAUGAGUUGAACCAUUAUGUGUCCUCUUAACUCACAUACAGUCAUUGGAUUUCAUUGGUGAGGUAAGCAAGGAAGGAGAUAUUAAUGCUUUCUUUUUGUUAUGAAUUGGUUGAAAACAUCAUUAAACAUACACCCCUCAUAAACAGGGAAUAUUACUCCAUUGUUAGUACUGCAACAGCCUCAUGGUGUGUAUUCUAUAGAUAUUUCAAAGACAUACGAAUGAACCACAUAAUGUAUACCAGUUUAGACAGAUGUCUCUUCUUGCUAACCCAUUUGAAUAUGAUGUAUGAUUUUAAUUUUGAAUCCUUCCUGAAAAUAUGCACUUUUUCUGCCGUUAUUUAAUUAUUGCCUGUUAAUUCUCCUUGAAUCAACUGUGUAAUUAUGUAAAUAUUAGCAGUUAUUUUGGGAAUAAAGAUUUCCAAUAAA